AUGACUGUCUCACCGCCAGGCUCACCCACCGGCGCCCCCCCACGACCGAUCAGCGCCGUCAUGCGCACUCCGCGCAGUGCCAGUCGCCUAAGUAUGAGCAGCAGACAAGGUGGAAGUCGAGCAUCGGACGAGGAUGGCAAGACUGCAGUCAAAGUCGCUGUCCGUGUGCGCCCACCACUGAAACCCACCGAUCCGGGCUACGAAUUGAUCCCCCAGCGAUUCCAGCGAUCCAUGGUUCAUGUCACCGCGCCAACCAGUCUUGCCGUCGACGUUCCCAAUGGGCGCAAGUUAUUCGUGUUCGACCGUGUUUUCCCCGAGACUACCGAGCAGGAAGGCAUUUGGGAAUAUGUCAGUGAUAGUGUCAAUUCAUUUGUGCAGGGCUACAAUGUCUCGAUCAUGGCAUAUGGCCAGUCUGGUGCGGGGAAGUCCUUUACAAUGGGCACUUCAAGCCCCAGUGAGCAGAAUCUCACGCAGGAUAUGGGCAUCAUCUCCCGUGCUGCACAGGACUUGUUUGAUAAAUUAGAUAGUCCCUCGAAAUCUAAUCGGCAUAGCUCGAACUCGACGACUGGGCUGAGAACACCGCAACGAUAUUCAAUGAGUUCCGCCGCAAGCUUUGGGAAAUUGAACCUGGAAAAGGAAAAGACCUGGCAGUUGAAGGCUACCUAUGUGGAGAUCUAUAACGAACAUCUGAGAGAUUUGUUGCUUCCCGAAUCGACUACGGGAGGCGAUCGCAGCAACGUGACCAUUCGUGAAGAUACCAAAGGCCGCAUCAUUUUGACCGGAUUGCACCAAGUGAAUGUCAACUCGUUCGAAGAUCUGAUCGGUGCCUUGAACUUUGGCUCCGCCAUUCGCCAAACGGACUCCACGGCGAUCAACGCCAAAUCAUCUCGGUCGCAUGCCGUCUUCAGUUUGAAUCUCGUCCAGCGCAAGUCCUCGCCAAACCAUUCGACCCCGAGCCCUAUGAAGGAGAAGCGCAUGUCAAUGCCAGUCGACUCGUUUAACGCCGCGGAAUCAGUGACUGUCGAUAGCAAGCUUCACUUCGUCGAUCUGGCGGGUAGCGAACGGCUGAAGAACACGGGCGCAUCCGGAGAACGUGCCAAGGAGGGUAUCUCUAUUAACGCUGGUCUUGCCGCGCUCGGCAAGGUUAUCUCGCAGCUUUCCUCGCGCCAAAGCGGCUCGCACGUCUCCUACCGUGAUUCCAAGCUUACCCGACUACUUCAGGACUCACUUGGCGGAAAUGCCUAUACUUAUAUGAUUGCUUGUGUGAAUCCUGCCGAAUUCCACUUGAGCGAGACCUUGAACACAAUCUCAUAUGCUCAGCGGGCUAGAGCGAUUCAGAGCAAACCGCGCAUUCAACAAGUCGCAGAUGAUAGCGACAAGCAUGCUUUGAUUGAGCGACUGAAGGCCGAGGUGGCUUUCUUGCGCCAACAGAUUCGCAACAGCGAAGGGUCCGAGCGACGGGAAGCAGGAUCCUCCGAGCGAAACGAGCGCAAAAACGAACGUGAAAAGCACCUGCAGAACCAGUUGCUCGAUAUUCAAGAAAGCUAUAAUUCCCUCAGCCACCGUCAUGCCAAGCUUAUCUCGAAUAUGGCCAAUGAGUCCAACCCGCCUGCCACCAAUGGCGACAUGGACGACGCCACAACUCAAAUUGGGAAAAGCUCGGUUGAACGAAUGCAGCGAUCUAAGUCGUUCGCUGAAUCCGUUGAGCAGAUGGUCUUGGAGUACGAGAAGACCAUUCAAAGCUUGGAGUCUUCCCUCUCCGACACCCGGGCUUCCCUAUCUGUCACCGAGAGUGAUUUACUCGAGCGCGAGACAAAGUGUGCCUAUAUUGAGACUGUUAGAGAACAACUGCAAUCCCGUGUACAGAAGUUGCUCGACCGAGAAGCCAGCACCGAAAUCUAUCUUCGCGAAUUGGAAUCCAAGCUUGAUGGCCAUUCCGGGGGCGAAGAGAAGCAUGCUGCGAUUGUGGCCGAACUACGCAAGGAAUUAAGUCGGGCCCGCGAUAGUGAAGCCAGCUGCGAGGAAUACAUCUCUACACUCGAAGAGCGACUUGCGGAGGGCGAGCAGGACAUGGAGCUGAUGCAGCGUGAAGUGAUGCGAUUGGAGCAUGUGAUUGAGCGCCAGCGAGGUCUUAGUCAAUUGGAUCAUCGACUCAAUGAGCUGGACCAGCGCGAUGGCGGAAACAGACAUGACGGGGCCAAUGGCAUCGACUACUCACAAUAUCCACCACCCAGGUCAAUGCACGGCGCUCAUCGACACGCGCCCUCCCUGGAUGUGCUCAGCGAAGCAGUUGAGACAGCCAUUCCCGAAUCAGAUGAGGAUCUCAUCGAUCCAAUCAUGAAAUCCGAGCGGGAGUCUCCUGUGCAGCCUCAGCCGGGGCUGGGCGAGGACCUUAAGGUGCUGGAGACCGUGACUAGCAAGCUCGAGGCGCGCCGUACAGAGGCUCUUCUUGAGGAGCCCCUCGCAAGCCCUGCUCAGUCUAAGUUCGUUGCCGACAAGCUCGAGUCUGUCACCCAAGAGCUUUUCGAUCUGCGUCUGCAGCACGAGAAUACAAUGGGAGACUUCGAAGUACUGGAAUCCAAGUACGAGGAGGCCAUGAAAGCCCUUGCCGACCUCCGCCAGGACAAGCUUGACGAAGCCCGCCACCCGGCACCCAGCGUUCAAAAUGACCUUUCUCCCCGCCCAGAGUCUUUUUUAGGAGGAGGAGGCACUCCGAACUCGAAGUCUGGAGCACAACACUCAUUCUCGCAAUCACUCUCUUCGGAAUUAUCCUCGGCCGGGGAGCAAUCCACUUUGCGCGAGCCUUCUGAGGACGGAUCGAAGGCACUUUCAUCCGCCCCCUCCACCCCGCAAGUGCCGCAUGCCAGCCAGCUGGACUUCGAAGAGUCUGAGAACAUGCGCAAGAUGCUCGCUGAGCACCAGGAGGGUGCUGAGCUCAUGGCCCAGAAAUACACGGAAUUGCAAUCUGAGCACGAGGAGAUUCUUGUGCUGGUUGAGAAGAUGAAGGCCGAGGCCCAAGCCCAACGCAACAAAUCGAACUCACCCCCUACGACUCCCGGCUUCAAGAUGAUCCGCCGCAUGACUAGCCAGAACCUGCUGUCAGGAGUCGAUCGUGCAACACGCGCCCUUACAGGCCUUCGCCUCCUUGCAUCCGAGGAGUUUGCCGAGAAACCUGACGCCAUGCAUAAUUUCGAUUAUCAUCUGGACCAAACCAUGCAUGAAUUACAAAGCCGUAUGGAGCGCCUCCAAUCCCUUGAAGCUGAAAACCACAGUGUGAAGAAAGAAAUGGAAAUGAAAGCUACUAUUAUCUCCGGUCUGACAAGAGAACGGUCGAGUUUGCAAGGUGUUUCGCCCGUCGACAUGGCUUUGGUAUCUCAACUACGCGACCAGGUUGUUUCUCAGGAAAACUUGAUCAACAGACUUCAUGAUGCCCAUCAAUCUCGUCAAAAGGAGUUGAUGGCUGAGAUUGAAACUUUGAAGGGUCUCUUGAAGUCUCAAGAAAGCGCUACUCGCUCUAUGGAUGCCGGUGCCGACAACCAGGAUAAGAAGAUCGGUGCCUUGAAAAGUGAGAUUACCGAGUGGCAGGACAAGCACCAGAGUGCUUUGGAAUCCCUGCAGUCUUCGGAAUCGCAGCUCACUAGUACUCUUGCCGAAUUGGAGUCUGCGUUGGCGACUGUUGAAGCUAUGCGCUCUGAGCGUGCUACUGUUGGUGACUCUACCGAGAGAGAGCUCCCCGCUCAAGACCUUGAAGAUGGCCGUGCUGAGCAACAGCAGCUUGUGGAUGGUCUGAAGAAGGACAUUGAACAGCACAAGGCUACUAUCGCUGCUCAGCUCGCGACAAUUGCCGGUCUGGAGAAGUCUCACUCCGACGCUCAGGAUCAACUGGCUUCGCAGACCACCAUGGAGGAAGGAGCCAAUGCCGGCGCUGUUGACUUGGGUCUUUCUACUCGAAUGGCCGAGCUUGAGAAGGAGAUCUCUACCCACAAAUCAGUUGUUGAUUCUCACAAGACUGAGCUGGAUACCCUUCAGGAAUCCCACAAGCGUGAAUUGGCCGAGUUGGAGGAGCGGACCAAGGCUGCUCUCCAGGCUGAACAUGACGCACGUCUCGUCGAAAAGGAGGCUGAGCAUGAGCGGGCGAUGGCGACCUUACAAAGCGAGAUUGCGGAGUCUCGUGAUGAGCUGGUUACCCUGCUCAAGGCUGUAUCGACUAUCCUCAAUUCCGAGGUCUCAUCCGAGAACUUGACUGAUCAGAUCCAGGAUGUCUUGGCUCAGAAGCAACACUUCUCCGACAAGUAUUCUGAGCUUCUGGGCACAAACGAAGACCUUCGCAAGCAGUUGGAAGCUAGCGGCAACUCUGAAGGCCUUCUGGACGAGCUGUCUAAGAAGAACAACGUCCAGGACGCCAAGGUUAAUGAGCUGGCUCUCUUGGUGGCUACAUUGGAGGAUACUCUUCGUCAGAAGGACGAGCAGGUCAAGAAGAAGGAAGCUCUGGUUGAGGAGAUUACCAUUGAGAAGGAGAAGAGCGUGCGUCUCGUGGAGGAGCUCGAGGAACAAAUCACCAGCAGCUUCGAUCAACACCACAAUCGUCUGUCCGUCAUUCAACAGGAGCGUGACCAGGCCUUGGAGGACGCCAAAGCUAAGAUCGUGACCUACGAAGGUGACAUUCAAACCUACCAGGUGCGGAUCGAGCAGCUUGAGCUUCAGAUCAAGAAUACCGGGUCAUCUGAUGGCUCCCAUGAUCGCAGCAGCUCUAUCACAUCCAACCUCCGGAAGAGCUCAUCUGCCGCCUCUCUCCCCUCGCCUCCACCGGCAAUCCCUCUCCCUCCCCUCCCCUCCAUCGCCUCCCAGGCCAAUGGCACUUCGAGCGUGUCCCCACCCAGCUCCCGACACGCCAGCAAAGAGCUGUCAAGUGUCCAGCUAGUGGAAGACCAGGAAGCCCGGAUCCGAACAAUUGAGAAGCACCUGUACGCCGAGAAGCAGCUGACCGCCACCUUGGAAGAAGCCCUCGGCGACCUCGAAGCCCAGAGCACCAAGGUCAAGAGCGACUGCGAGGCCUGGAAGAAGAAGGCCUGGUCAUUCGAGGACGAGUUGACCUCCCUCCGCAAGGAACGCAGUUCUGCUCGUCUGUCCCUCCAGGCCGUCGAAGAGGAGCGCAGUGCACGUCGUGAAGCCGAAGCCGCGCGCGCCCAACUUGAAGAGCGCAUGCUUGCCCUGAACAAGAACAAGAAAAAGAAGAAGAGCACCCUCAACUGCUUCUAA